UUUGAAAAGCCAGAGUGCACAUAGAAGUGGGCAGGUGCUGACAGUAGGAGUGCUGCAGAGGAGAGUGGACGGCGGCUGCAGCAGCAGCAGCUACAUCGUGACAGUGCCCACUUAAAGGCGAGCUGACAGGACCAAUCAUCCACACUGUCAGUCCAGGAGAAUCAGCUCAUGGUGUAUGAGUCGAGCUAUAGACGUCCAAGAUCCCGUUUUACUUGGCUGGCAGUGGAUGACUUCCUGUUUUUGUCUCGGGACUUCAGGAAAGUGAGCAACUGACACUUUAUCAAGUCUGACUGAAGAAAAAUCUUGGGGAAAGUUGGAAUGGGAUCCCGUGGAAGAUGCCAGAGGAUAAGAAGGAAAUCUGAUGGAAAAGUUCUGGUAUGGAAAGAGGUGUGUUGUGAAACUUUGAGCAAGAGUGAGACACGGACAUUGAUCUCCAAAGUGAACCACCAAAAGAUGGCGAGGCACCCAAACAUUGUGAGAUGUUACGACUGCAUCGUUGACAGCGCCAACACCAAGAUAUACGUUGUGAUGGAGGAGUGCACCGGUGACAACUUGGCCGACCUCAUUGCAUCCGCCUCAAGGGAAAGGCGUCACUUGGAUGAGAAAUUCAUCCUGCAGGUCAUCGCUCAGCUCACAUCAGCUCUGAAGACGUUUUACAGGAAGCGUAACGGCAAGCCCAUCUUUCAUCACAACUUGAAAGCAGGCAAUGUCUUCCUGGACAGCGAGCAGAAUGUAAAACUUGGAAAGCCUUCUUACACAAACACAAACCAGAUGUCCUUCGAUAACAAAUGCGAUAUCUGGUCAUUGGGAUGUUUACUGUACGAGCUCUGUACUCUAUGCCGUUACGUUCCUUCCUCAGGACAAAAAGUACUUGCAGAGAAGAUACCAGCAAGGACUUUAAUAAAAAUCCCCGGGCAGUACUCGAAGGAACUGUGCAUGCUUCUCAACAACAUGCUCAACUUGACGGAUGACCUGAGGCCAUCUAUGGAAUCCAUCCUCCAGAGUAACCUUCUGGCUGAAGUAGUUGAGGAGGAAGCAAAGAAGGCCCAGGGAUGUUCAGAGCUAGCUAAGAGGAAUAAGAUGAUACGCUCUGCUCGCAAGAAUAAGGAAAACCUCGCGCCUGGUGAUCCUCAGCUUGUGAUGCUCGACAACAUCGCUCGAAGGCCCCGGACAGACAGUCAGCACACCAGCCAAGUGGACAAAGACAGACAUGUCCGGCAACUCCGUUUUUGACCGCUGGGACGACAUGAUAAAAGAGUGCAAAGCAGGCAAGGAGAAAUGAAAUUCAUUUGUCUUUUUGCAACUGUCCACUUUUGGGGACGUCACAAGGGAGGAAAUGAAAAAGAUCAGGCAACGAGAGAUGCAGUUUGGAUGUGAUUGAGAGAAAUAUUAAAAGGAAA